GGUGCUGUCGCCGUGUGUGGGAUAAACAGUAAUGGCUGAGGCGGUGGCUCUGGGAACAACGGCGGACGCCGCGGCGGCGGCGGUCCUGGGGCCGAGCACCGCCGCGGGAGCCACGGGUACCAUCUUCGGACCCGCGGCCGUGCCGCCCCUCGCCCUGGGGCCGGGCGGCGGCUGGACCAAACAGGUCACUUGCAGGUAUUUCAUGCAUGGAGUCUGCAAGGAGGGAGACAACUGUCGCUACUCUCAUGACCUGUCCACCAGUCAGUCUGCCAUGGUGUGCAGGUAUUAUCAGCGUGGAUGCUGUGCUUACGGAGAUCUCUGCAGAUAUGAACACACCAAGCCGCUGAUGCAGGAAGAAGAAGAAGAAGAAGAAGAAGAGACUACUGUGAAUCCAGCUGCAAAAAUGUAUCCCUCAGUAUCCUCAGACCUCGCAUUAUUCCCUGAAAUUGUUGAAGAAGAUAUUAUUGAGAUAGAAGAUGAAAAUAUAGAUCUGGCAGCUGCUGGAGUAGGUGCUGAAGACUGGGUGAAUGCUGUAGAGUUUGUUCCUGGGCAGCCAUACUGCGGACGUGCUGCCCCUUCCUGCACUGAAGUACCCUUGGAGGAAAUGGUGAUUGAGGAAGAGUAUGAAAAGCAGGAAGCAGACGUGGAGAUGAAGAAGGAGCUGUGCCCCUACGCUGCAGUGGGAGAGUGUCGUUAUGGAGAAAACUGCGUGUAUAUCCAUGGGGACGUCUGUGAUAUGUGCGGACUGCAGGUCUUGCACCCAAUUGAUGCUGCGCAGAGAUCCCAGCACAUAAAGUCUUGCAUUGAAGCUCACGAGAAGGACAUGGAGCUUUCAUUUGCCGUCCAGCGUAGUAAAGACAUGGUGUGCGGGAUAUGCAUGGAGGUGGUGUAUGAAAAAGCUAAUCCUAGUGAGCGCCGCUUUGGGAUCCUCUCCAACUGCAACCACACUUACUGUCUCAAGUGCAUCCGCAAGUGGAGGAGUGCUAAACAAUUUGAGAGCAAGAUUAUAAAGUCCUGCCCAGAGUGUCGGAUCACAUCUAACUUUGUCAUUCCAAGUGAGUACUGGGUGGAGGAGAAGGAAGAGAAGCAGAAACUCAUUCAGAAGUACAAGGAGGCAAUGAGCAACAAGCCAUGCAGGUAUUUUGAUGAAGGCCGUGGGAGCUGUCCAUUUGGAGGGAACUGCUUUUACAAACAUGCGUAUCCUGAUGGCCGUCAAGAGGAGCCACAGAGACCCAAAGCCCAGCGGAGGAAUCGGUUCUGGGAGUUCAUUGAGGAGCGAGAGAAUGGUGACCCAUUUGAGACCGAUGAGGAUGAAGUGGUGACCUUUGAGCUCGGUGAGAUGUUGCUCAUGCUGUUGGCAGCAGGAGGUGAUGAUGAGCUAACGGAUUCCGAGGACGAGUGGGACUUGUUUCAUGAUGAGCUGGAAGAUUAUUACGACCUGGAUCUAUAGCACCUGACAGUGGAGUGUGGACUGUCGUCUUGGCUUCAGGCAGUAGCUAUUACUUACCUGUGGUGUUGUGGCAGUGCCUGUGUUUCUCCUAGGCAGGCCUAUCAAUUCCAGGUGCUGUUGUAAUAACUUUUACCCAGGGUCUGUCUUCUCCUGUCCCCUCCCGCCCCAAGAGUGUUGUUUCUCCUCUGUUUAAACAAAUAACAAGAAAUCUUUAAAAUCUUAGUUUUUGUAAAAAUGAAUUUAACUGUCAAACAGUUAGCUUAGGUUUGUUGCUUCAUCUAUGUACCCAACAAGCUCACCCAGUUCCAGGGUUAAAGUGUUUACAGGACUUCCACACUCAUUUUGAAGAGCCCAGAUACAAAAAUGAGCGGUGGCCAUGCAGUGGGGAUGUAAAUUGGCUGAUGGCCUCUUUUCUGUCUCUGUAUCAAUAUUUCUGACGUCAGGCCAGAUAAAAUAAUCCUUUUCUGACAUCAGCUCCGUUCCAGCCCCCUCAUGUACACAUCUUCAUUUGUGAUUUUGGACUCUUGUUUACUUGCACAUUACUAUUACUACUGUGUAACCAGAACCAGGUGUGAAUGUUCCAAGUUUUUACUGUGUCUAGCAUGAAAGGAUAAUGUCUUAGUGAAAGGAGAACUUUCUAUGUGUAUAUACAGAUAAACGUAGAGUUGGACCUCGAGGAUGGGGAGACUCUGUGUAAGUUAAGUAACAAGGCCACCUUUCAUCCCCUCUUGGUGCAUGAAGUCUAGCCUCCAAUUGGACAUGAAACUGGUUUAGUGGUCUCAGCUCAGUCCGUGGCAACGAUCUGUCAUGUGCAACUCCCUGAUACACCAGCUCUCUUUCAUGUGUUUCGUUAGGGUGGUCCAGGAGCAGAAGUCCGGUUAGCUGAGUGGGGUCGGAGGAACACGAGAGGCCCCUUUAGCUGCAUUGCUCUUUAAGUUUUAGAACUCGAUGUGGCCACGUAAGCCGCGAGCUUUGCUAGGAAAUCUCUGUGCCUCUCAGCUGGUUCAAGGGCCGUGUGCCUUUCGGCAUCUGAGUGGGGCAGGUUGCCUGGUCAAGCUGUUCAGCUUACGUGAGUUAGCGCUUAGGAAGUCGGUCAUGCAGUUUCUGGCUGUAAUUUGCAUUGAGAAAUUACAUUGCCACCAAAGCUCCCGUACAGGAAUUUUAACCUUGCAUUACAUUAUUGCUGUUGUUUUUUUUUUUUUAUUGACUUGUGGAUGCCCCGUGAUCUGUUUUCCUGCUGCUCUUGUCCCCUAGAUUGCCUCUCCUUUCACUUUUAAUUGGAAUGAGAAAUUGUUCUGAGGUCUAUAAUGUAAUGUUUUGCAGCUGCCUUUUGUAAGAAGCACUUUUCCCAAAUAAAAAAACACAAAAAAAUGAAAAAAACAAAAACCCCAAAAAAAUCAA